AUUGGAAGCCCCGCCCAUUCCCCCCUCCACAUAAUGCUGCUGUGUGAUCAUUAGGUCUUGUGACUUGUUCUGUCCUCAAUCAGCAUGGCCAACACUCUGAAGUUCACUGUCCUGCUGCUGACCCUCGCCUCCUGUCGGGGGCUUCAGCUUAACCUCAUCGAUGACUAUGAGGAAGAGUCUGAGGCCGUUUCUCAGGGCUCAAAGUUCGGCUCUCUGUGGCCUCUGCCGCAGAAAGUGCUCACCACAGAGCUUUCCUUUAAGUUGACGAGCGCCAGCUUCAAAAUAGUGGACGCCAAAGAGUCCUCAGCUGGUCCGAGCUGCAGCCUCUUGAAGGAUGCAUACAGAAGGUACUAUGAAUACAUGUUUGGCAGCACAAAAAGACAGCAGCUUAGCAAAAGCAGGCGAACAGACCCCUCUGAGCUGACAGAGCUGCAGGUGUGGAUCACAUCACCUGAUUCAGAAUGUGACGGAUACCCCAGUGUGACUUCUGAUGAGUCAUAUGAUCUGUUCGUGGAUCAGCCAUUUGCGGUCUUGAGGGCACCGAAAGUCUGGGGAGCGCUGCAUGGUCUGGAAACUUUCAGUCAGAUGGUGUAUGAAGAUGAAUAUGGAGCUAAAAGCAUCAAUGCAGCAGAGAUCAGUGACUUCCCCAGGUUUGCUCACAGAGGCAUCUUACUGGACACCUCUCGGCAUUACCUGCCCAUCAAAGUCAUCUUGGCCAACCUGGAAACGAUGGCGAUGAACAAAAUCAAUGUUUUCCACUGGCACAUCGUGGACGAUCCGUCCUUCCCUUACCUGAGCCGAACGUUCCCACAGCUCAGCCAGCAGGGAGCUUAUCAUCCUUACACACAUGUUUAUACACCCGCUGACGUGAAGAUGGUGAUUGAGUUUGCCCGUCUGAGAGGCAUUCGUGUUAUUCCAGAGUUUGACACUCCAGGACAUACGCAGUCUUGGGGCAAAGGGCAGAAGGAUCUGCUCACACCCUGUUACUCUGGCGCCACACCCUCUGGCACCUUCGGACCAGUCAACCCCAUUCUGAACACCACCUACGACUUCAUGAGCCAGUUCUUCAAGGAGAUCAGCACUGUGUUCCCUGAUGCCUACGUUCACCUGGGAGGAGACGAGGUGGACUUCAGCUGCUGGAAGUCCAACCCGGACAUCCAGAAGUUCAUGAUUCAGCAAGGCUUUGGACAAGACUACAGCAAACUGGAGUCAUUCUACAUCCAGAAACUCUUGAAUAUCGUCACCUCUACUAAGAAAGGCUACAUGAUCUGGCAGGAGGUCUUUGACAACGGCGUGAAGCUCAAGCCAGACACAAUAAUCCACGUUUGGAAAGGAAACCAGCAGCAAUACCAGAGUGAGAUGGCAAAUGUUACAGCAGUAGGGUACCAGACCCUGUUGUCCACUCCCUGGUACCUGAACCGUAUCUCCUACGGCCAGGACUGGAGUGGCCAUUACAAGGCCGACCCUCAGGAUUUCGAUGGAACCGAAGCUCAAAAGAAGCUUGUGGUUGGUGGAGAAGCCUGUUUGUGGGGAGAGUAUGUAGACGCCACCAACCUGACACCCAGACUCUGGCCUCGUGCUAGUGCUGUGGCAGAGCGGCUGUGGAGUGCCAAGGAAGUGACGGACAUCAAUGAUGCUUUCAACAGACUGUCCUUACACCGCUGUCGUAUGGUGGAGCGCGGAAUCCCAGCUGAGCCAUUGUUCUCCAGCUUCUGCCCUCGUGAGUACAAAGGCAUCUGAAAACAAGCUCACUGCGAGCAUACUAAAAGGGAAAAAGGAACAAAUCCAUACACGAUCAACUUCACAAAUGCAAGGAAAUCCAUAACUAAGCUGCCUUUGUAGAAAUGUCACUGUUCUGUGCUGAUAAAUCUGACAUACAUUUACAUUUUUGAACCUGCAGAUCAUGUAAUGUCAAUUCAAAUGCACUCUUUGUUUUUUAUCGAUGUUUGUUUGAUGAUUGUGAAUAAACGUGUACAAUUUUAAA